AUGAUUUUUCUCAGUCUCCUAAGAGUAAUCGCAAAACUACAAGUAUGGCAAGAAGAAGGGUUGUCAACUCUCUUCUUUUCAUCCUCAAAAACUCUUCCUUCUUCUAAUUCCUUUCCAAGCUCUUCUGUUCCUUCCUCUCCUGUUGUUCAAAAGUUCACUGAAUCUAUGAUGGAAGAGAACAUUCAAAUUGCAGAGUUAAUCAUCAAGAAAUGGGACUCUGAAUCAUCAUCAGCUUCCCUAUUCCACCAGAGAAAAGAAGCAAACGAGUUCCUCAGAUGUGUCAAAGAUCUCCGUCGUGCCAUGCACUUUCUACUGUCUGAACAUUCAGCCUCUAAUAAGCUUGUUCGUGCUCAAAACCUCAUGCAACUUGCCAUGAAAAGACUUGAAAAAGAAUUGUCUCUGAUUCUGUCUGCAAAUCGUGACCAACUUGAUCCAGAGUCUAUUUCAGGUCUAUCUUCAGAUAGCUCGACCAAUUCUAAAGAUGAAGACGAGAUUGAAUCUGAAGGAGAGAUUAAAAUAGCUGGUGAAUCAUCAAUCACUAAGGUUGAGAGAGAAGCAAAAAUCGUCAUGCCUGAUCUCAAGUUAAUAGCUGAUUGCAUGAACUCUGUGUACCUGUGA